CUUCAGGCAAUCCCCCCUCACAGUCACCUGCUCUAAGGUACAGAGGUAUUUGUCAUUUUACAUCCACAGUGACUGAUAAUCCAGGGAGGAUGGCGGAAUACGUGAAGGACGCAGAUGUGGAGUUUGUGCGCACAGGUUAUGGGAAGGACGCAGUUAAAGUCCUUCAGAUUAAACGAGAUGGAAAACAGCACUUUAUCAAGGAGAUCGAAGCCUCCGUCCAGCUCACCCUGAGAUCAAAGAAAGAUUAUUUGGUUGGGGAUAAUUCUGACAUAAUUCCCACAGACACCAUGAAGAAUACGGUCUAUGCCCUGGCGAAACUGAAAGGGAUAAAAACCAUUGAAGACUUCUCUAUGGAGAUCUGUAAUCAUUUCCUCACAACGUUCCACCAUGUAACGGAAGCGAACGUCCACAUACAGGAGGCUCCCUGGAGGCGCUUCGAGAAGGACGGGGUGCAGCACGUCCACGCCUUCAUCUACGCACCGGAAGGGCUUCAUUACUGUGACGUAAACCAGAAACGAGGAGGCCGGCCUGUCAUUUACUCUGGAAUCGAAGAGCUCAGAGUCCUGAAAACGACGCAGUCUGGAUUUGAAGGUUUUGUUAAAGACCGAUACACGACGCUCCCGGAGGUGAAGGAUCGCUGCUUCUCUACCGUGGUCAACUGCAAGUGGCGAUACAACACCCCUAAAGGGAUCAACUUUGACUCCACGUGGAGAAUCAUGCGGAACAUUAUCCUUGAUAAAUUUGCGGGUCCUUGUGAUAAAGGAGAAUAUUCCCCGUCCGUGCAGAAGACUCUCUAUGACAUCCAGAUUUUGGGCCUGAGCAACGUUCCCCAGAUUGAAGAAAUCAGCAUUGUGAUGCCAAACAAGCACUACUUCACCGUGGACAUGACCAAGUACGGCCUGAGCAACCACGAUGAGAUCCUGCUGCCGUCAGACAAACCCUACGGAAACAUCACUGGCAGCGUGCGCAGAAGAACCUUGUCCAAGCUGUGAUAUAAUAUAACUGACAGAGCGUGGGGUCAGCACUGGCGUUCCAUUAUCCAGAUGAAUAAAGAAGCUGUAAUGCCAGCCGGCCGGUGAUGACCCGUUUCUCACACUA